CGGAGGAGGCGGGGCAGGCGGUUGUCGGGCCAGGGGGUCAGGCGCCGUGUUUGGGGUCCCAGAGUUGUGGGGUCACUUUUCGGGAUCCCCACUGGCAGGGGCUGGGCCGAGGGACUGGGCCGGGAACGGGUGCCGCUCGCCUCGCUGGCACCUUCCAGGCUGCCUUCUGAGGCCUUGAGCCAGACCCCAUCUGCGCCUCCGCCGCCCACCAACGCCUCUAGCCGCCGCUCUUCCCGUCUGGUCCGUGGAAGUGGUUGGUUACCAUGGUGAAGCUGGCAGCCAAAUGCAUCCUGGCAGGAGACCCAGCCGUGGGCAAGACCGCCCUGGCACAGAUCUUUCGCAGUGACGGAGCCCAUUUCCAGAAGAACUACACCCUGACAACAGGGGUGGAUUUGGUGGUGAAGACGGUGCCAGUCCCUGACACGGGAGACAGUGUGGAACUCUUCAUUUUCGACUCUGCCGGCAAGGAGCUGUUUUCUGAAAUGUUGGAUAAACUGUGGGAGAGUCCCAACGCCUUGUGUCUGGUCUAUGAUGUGACCAAUGAGCAGUCCUUCAACAACUGUAGCAGGUGGCUGGAGAAGGCUCGGUCACAGGUUCCAGGCUCCUCCCUCCCAGGUGUGUUAGUGGGGAACAAGACAGACCUGGCCGGCAGACGAGUGGUGGAAUCGGCUCAGGCCCAGGCGUGGGCGCUAAGCCAAGGCCUGGAAUGUUGGGAAAUAUCUGUGAAGGAGAUGGAAAACUGUGAGGCCCCCUUCCACUGUGUGGCCAAGCAGCUCCACCAGCUGUACCGGGAGAAGGUGGAGGUUUUCUAUGCACUGGUGUGAGGGGCUGGGGUGCUGCGGCACCUGGCAGUGGGCCCCGUCUCCUUGGAAGACGAGAGGACAUGGAGUUGCCUCGGCACUCCCACUGUAUCAUGACAGCUUUCAAUAAAGUGAGGAGGAAACGUA